ACUGAGCUGUAUAAGAAAUAAUGCCUGGCUUGGAUGCUGUGGGGUGUUUUCUGCCGGUCUAGCUGUGUUAAGCAGCUUUGGAUUGACGUGCAGAGUGCCGUUUGUGGUCAUGGUAGCAAACGCACCAUUUUUUAUUGGAGUUGGUGUUGAUGACAUGUUCAUCACGAUUGCUUCCUGGGAGCAAAGCUCAAGCAAAAAAAAAGAGAUUUCCGAUGUUAAAUCUCUGCUGUCUGAGACUUGCGCAGAAGCAGCACUUUCUGGGAACAUCACCACUCUCACAGAUGUUUUGGCCUUCUUCAUUGGCACCUGGACUGCUUUUCCAUCCACAAGACCAUUUUGCCUUUAUACAGGCACUGAUUUUAUCUUCUGCUCUGUAUUAAAUCAUAAAAGGGAGCAAGGAAACCAACACUGACUAACUUGUAUGCCUGUGAGAGUAGACAAAGAUGAGGCUGCUAAGUCCUGCCUCUACAGUGCUUGCUGUAUAGGCAACUGUUCUAGGCAGUCAUCUCAGCUGGAAACCAAACAGCCAGGAAGCAAACAUCCAACGAGCAUUUUCUUUAAAAAGUAUUAUGGUCCUUUUUUUACAAAUAAAUCGAUCAAGCUACUUGUGGUGUUGCUGUUCGGAGCGUAUUUGGGUGGCAGUAUUUAUGGAUAUCAGAUCAGGGAAGGCAUCGAUCUUCAAAGUCUGGCAAGUGAAACUUAUGUUAUUCCAUACUACGAUGACGAUGACAAAUACUUCUCAGCAUAUGGCCCCAGGGUCGCAGUUGUCAUUACUGAAAGUGUAGAUUACUGCAAUGAAACUGUUCAUCUUGGCAUUGGGAGCUGCACACAGAAUUUAGAGGGCAUUUCCUAUGUAGACAAGAACCUCUCAAGAUCAUGGCUGAGGGUAUACAAAAAACUUGCAAGCAGUGGUUUGAUAAAGAUAAGCAAUAAGGCUCUUUUCAUUGAUAACUUACCUACACUGUUCCGAAUUGUUCCCAGUUUUGAGUGGAACAUUAGCAAGACUCAGGAUAAAAUAGAAGCUUCAUGUUUCUUCAUCCAGAUGGUGAACGUGACUUCAGCCAUUGACAAGAAGAAUCUUCUCAAUCAGUUAAGGGAGACAGCCAAGCAGCGCAGCAUUCCAUUAGCGGUGUACCACCCCGCGUUCACCUGCUACGACCAGUACCCAGUAACAGCGCAGAACACUGUUCAGAACAUUGGUGUUGCUGCCAGAGCAAUGCUCGUCGUCUCCCUUUGGCUUAUGCCCAACCUGUUGCAUUCCUUGUGGGUGACUUUUGCUAUAGCUCCUGUUAUAGUUGGCAUUGCUGGUUUCAUGGCAUUUUGGAUCAAUCUAGAUUCCAUAUCCAUGACCAACCUGGCCGUUUGUAUAGGGUUUUCAGUAGAUUUUUCUGCUCAUAUUUCCCAUGCCUUUGUUACGAGAGAGUCACCAGCCAAUAAAAGGGCAAUCGAAGCUCUGUCCCUGAUGCAUUACACAGUAUUAUGAGGUGCAGUGUCUACUAUAUUAGGAAUAGUUGUCCCAGCUGCAGCAACCUACGUAUUUAGGACAUUUCUCAAGAUCAUGUACCUUGUUAUUUUGCUCAGGGCUCUUCACGAUCUUAUUUUUAUUCCAGUGGUUUUAACCUUUUUUUGGAAACUUCAGCAAAUCACCCCACAGUACAAAAUCCAAUGA